CCAGUGUCCAAAGAAGGAACUGCAACUUGACCUGUCGACCACGUGAUGUGACACACGUUACACACAUUAGCAAGAUGCAGCUACUACUGCUAGAUGCACAUAACUUACAUCUUGAUACUACACACAUUACCAAGUACUACUACUACUAGAUACAUAUAACAACUUACAUACAACAACUUACCCAUACCCAACCGUGCAGGAAGGACAAUGCGGGGGCGGGACAUUGCCUCCAUAAAACCAAGCCACCUCGAUAAGACCUAAAAACUAUUGCCGGUCACUUCACUGCAUCUCUGCCAGCCAAGGAGAAGAAGGCGUGAGUUGUCAUUAUCAUGGCGGUGACCAACCAACCGGGCAGUUAUCCCGCUUCCGACUUCCAGACCAACCUCUGCGACUUCUGCGACGACUGCGGAACUUGCUGCUACGGCCUGUGGUGCUUCCCGUGUUUGGGAUGCACAAUCGCCAGCGACAUGGACGAGUGCUGCCUGUGCGGCCUCAGCAUGGCCAUUCGCAGUGUCUACCGCACCCGAUACAACAUCAACGGUUCUCUUUGUGGCGACUUCAUGGCGACCACGUGCUGCCUGGUCUGCUCCACCUGCCAGCUGAAGAGGGACAUUAACCGGCGGAAGGAACAGGGCAUCUUCUGAGUACCCCCCCUGCGGCGCCCCACCCUCCAGUCACGUUAGGCUGUUAAGCUUUCCAGUUAAAGAUUAGCCAGAAGUGCUGUUGCAUUGAUGGUAAGGACCACAGCCUUACUGAUAUGAAGAAUGGAAACACAUGACAUAUUUCCUCUUAUCUUAUCAUGUCAUUCUUGCUUCCACCUUUCAAUAAAAUAUAUUUCUAU